GGAGAUUUAAUUUACUUGAAUAGCUGCAGCAUUCCAUAGAGAAUAAUUUCAGGACACCCUGAUAAACAUGCUGCAGUGCUUUGAGUUUCACCAGAGUCACAUUCAUAGUCUGAAGAGUCACCCUCACCGUCUAUCCAAAAACAAUGAGAGAAAAUCAGAGUCAGAAAGCGAAGACACUCCAUUAUCUUGCACACCACCACAAUUCCUAAAAGCCAAGAACAUGUACACCUACAGUCGCAUAAACAAGUAUACAGUACAAUUAAGUGACAAAAAGAGGGACCCUCAAAGCAAAAACUCUGAGAGAUUUAUCAUAAAUGCUGUGGAGGAGCAAGAACACAAGCUUGUGUGUGACAGACAAAGCAAUUUGUCAGAAGUCCAAACUGCCGAGGAGAAAGACCUGUGGCCUGUUGAUGAUAGCGAGCCAUCACAAAGCUCUAUAGACUCCAACUCCACAACUUCCUCUUUCAAUACAGGGAGCACUGAGGCUGAAUCUACCUGUAGUUUCUGUGAAGACCAGACAGGAAGUGAAGAUGGAAGCCCAGGGAGAAAUAUGUUGGAUACACCUCCAUCCAGAUCAGGAAUUCUUCUGAAAGAUCCAAUGCUUGGAGCUUUUCCGGCUGCAUGGAAAAAGCGUUUUACUUUCAGCCCUACACUACCAAAAACACCAGUACUGCCUUUUCGUCCACCUCUUCGGGAAGCAGACAGCCUGACCCUCAACCCAUCUCUGCUCAUAUCACCUUCUCAAGGCCUGAGCCGUUCUCUCCAUCCAGAAGGACGAGAGGCGCUACAAACAUUAUUCGAGGACGUGUGGGUCACCCCAGAAUCUACCGUCUUAAAAAGUCCCAGUUUGCGAGGCAGCUUUGCAGAUGGAUCAAUUGUCAUGAGUGCUGGAAGUAGCAGCAAUCUGUCCUUCAAGAGUGAGGAAGAGAACAAUAGCUCUGAAGAUGAGACCCCAAAACAACUCGUUCCUCGGAAGAGAGCAAGAAAAGUCUGUUCACACAGGCACACUUCAAGAAGAGGACGUGUUACAACACAGCCAAACCCUAAGAAGAAAUGUGUGAACGGCUUCAUUAUGUUCUGCCGAAUUAACAGAAAAGUAUAUAUCAGAUCCUAUCCUGGCAUCCCGUCCACUACGGUCACCAAAGAGUUAGCCAAUCUAUGGCACAUCUUGCCCAAGAAGGAGAGGCGUUUGUACUGCUUGAAAGCCUGGAGCUUCAGUUGCCAGCAGAACCGCAAUGUACGUGCUCAAAAACACGAGGCAGAAAUGAAGGCAGAACGCUUUGUGCCCAGUCCACUGCACAUGUUACUGGCCUAUAGAGACAAGUAUGCAGCUGUCAAAUGAAGGUCUUCACACCUCAAUUACCUACUGCACUGAGAAUACGCUUGAAAGAAAAACGAGCCAAAUAGACUAUUGAUGUUUAAACAACUGCAUUGUAUAGUUCAAUACAGUUUUAUUAAGGUUAAUCACCGUUGUGAUUUAACACAAUUGCAUC